UGUGCGUGUUGGUAAAUGUUCACAUUUCGUACACACACACAACACACAUACACAGACGUCACUUUAGAUUGACAGUAUUUUCGCUGGCGCACUUCUGUCAACUUGUCAGUUUCAUGUGAAAUCGUGACAGGGCGAGGACGACGUAUCUCUUCGACGUCUCUCCUUUCAACAGAUUGCAAAGAUGGGAUCGAUAGGAUAGGAGCGUUUUGAAAUUUGUACUAGAUGCUGCCCAAGGGUGCAAAAUCCUCCGUAUUACAGUAAUGUAUGCGCAAAUACUAAUAAUCUGUAGAAGAAGAUUUGGAUUUAAAUAUUGGAAGAUGUCUGUAAUGAGCAUUUGUGCACAAGAGAAAUAAACUGAUAAAUGAAUGAUAUACAAAUCAAUCGCUGCUGAGAUAUAAGUAGAUUGUGUUUUAUGCAUUGUAUUUGCAUUCGUAUCAUUACUGAAUAUUAUGUCGGGUACUGGACCAAUCAUAUCGCAAAACAUUGCUCGUCUACCAGAGAAGGAGCACGAAUCGAUUGUAGACUACUCUAGUAUCAGAGGAAAGAAUGUCUUGGUCAGUCCAUCCGAGGACCAAUACGAGUUACUGUUAAGAAGAUUGAAAGAAAGGAUUCAGGAUGGAGGCAGCGAGACAAUUUUUGAAAUUGGUAUUGCUGAAGAUGGAACUGAAAGUGGAUUAAAGGAGGACGAGUAUGAAGCAUCAGUUGCCACUUUACAAUCUCUUGCUGCAACAUUGGAAGCAGACUGCGUACUUUUACGCCAGAUUAAAGCAGAUCACGGACUUACGGGGCAAUAUCUAGUGAGAAGACGUCUGGAUCGACAAGAUUUCCUAGAGAUUAGAGUUGCUGUUGUUGGUAACGUGGAUGCCGGUAAAUCAACGUUAUUGGGAGUGUUGACUCAUGGUGAACUCGACAAUGGACGAGGUCUGGCACGUCAAAAAUUAUUUCGUCAUAAGCACGAGGCUGAAACAGGCCGGACCAGCUCAGUUGGAAAUGACAUACUCGGAUUCGAUAGCGUUGGUAAUGUAGUUAAUAAACCUGAGCAUGGAUCGUUGGAUUGGGUGAAAAUAUGUGAGAAGUCUUCUAAAGUAAUAACAUUUAUCGAUCUUGCUGGCCAUGAGAGAUAUUUGAAGACGACUGUUUUCGGAAUGACGGGACACGCUCCAGACUUUGGUAUGUUAAUGAUUGGAGCGAACGCCGGCAUUGUUGGAAUGACUAAGGAGCACUUGGGCCUCGCCUUAGCGUUGUCCGUACCUGUAUUCGUCGUCGUGACGAAAAUCGACAUGUGUCCACCGAAUGUCCUGCAGGAAAAUUUAAAGCUACUGAUAAGGAUUCUCAAGUCCCCUGGUUGUAGGAAAGUUCCGGUUACAGUUAAGACACCUGACGAUGUAGUAGUUAGCGCUACGAAUUUUGUCUCAGAACGAUUAUGUCCAAUUUUCCAAGUAUCCAACGUAUCCGGCGAAAAUUUAAGUCUUCUCAAGAUGUUUCUCAACUUGCUGACUGCAAGAAUUACUAGUCACGAUGAUGAACCUGCCGAGUUUCAAAUCGACGACACAUACUCUGUACCAGGAGUCGGUACUGUAGUGUCUGGUACAACUUUGAAGGGUAUUAUAAGAUUAAACGAUACCUUGUUACUAGGACCCGAUCCGUUGGGUCGAUUCAUACCUAUAGCCGUCAAAAGUAUUCAUCGAAAGAGGAUGCCGGUCCGCGAAGUCAGAGGCGGACAAACAGCUAGUUUCGCCCUGAAAAAGAUCAAACGAUCGCACAUUCGUAAGGGCAUGGUAAUGGUCGCACCCGCGCUCAAUCCACAGGCUUGUUGGGAAUUUGAAGGUGAAAUUUUGGUGUUACAUCACCCUACAACAAUCAGUUCACGCUAUCAGGCAAUGGUACAUUGUGGCAGCAUAAGGCAAACUGCUUCUAUAUUGUCCAUGUCUCAGGAUUGUUUGAGGACGGGCGAUAAAGCACUGGUACAUUUUAGAUUUAUCAAACAUCCGGAAUAUAUAAAGCCUGGACAGAGAAUGGUAUUUAGAGAAGGUCGUACUAAAGCAGUAGGAAAUGUAGUGAAACUUAUACCGCAUUCAAAUAAUACUACGCAAACAUCAAGAAUUAACAAACCGAACAAAUCGCAAACUCGACAAAAUACAAAUAUACAGGCGCUGGAAAUAACCGAAGCCGACUCUAUUAUUGAGGAACAAACAGCCAAACAAGAAAAUGUACCGCAAAAAUCUGGUUUGAAUCAAAAUAAGAAAAGUAGAGGUCGAAGAGGUGGAAGAUCUCAUAAUGCUAUCAACAGUAUUCAACCUUUAACAGAGCAAAACCCCCCUGCAAAAGUGUAAGAGCUUCAAUGUACAAAAAGAACAAUGUAUUAUUAGUGCUCUUUCUACUAUGUACAAGUUUCUCAAAGGGAUGAUCCACAACAUAAGUUACUUUAUUUAAAAUUUUUUUCUCUGAAAAGAAAAGAAAAUUUACUCUAGAAAAUUACUUUACAGUUCAUAUAAUAAAUUUAUUAGAAUACAAACAAUUUCACGCGUCUCAACUAUUCAUAUUUUCAAAAAUAUUCUUUUCUUUA